AUGACCUUUGCGGCUGGCCUGGCUGCCGAUUUACUACGUUCCCAGCGGCUUUUUCUUGUUAAGAACAUGCUCUCUGUCGACGAGAGGCUGGUUGUGCCAGAGUGGUCGGAGACGGCGCUGUUACCGGGUAUGAGAGGCAUUGACUUGUUAUGCUUCGAAAGACAAGAUGCUAAAGCUCCACAGAUCUAG